AUGAUUAAGAAUCGUUUCUGUCUUUUCGUUGCAUUUCUCAAUUUUUUGUUUUUGACAGAUGCUGCUUCUGAUUGUAAUUUAAUUGACUCUUCUUUCUUCCGUUUAUAUAAUAGAAAUGGCUCUUAUAUUGAUACAAAUGUUAAAAACGCUAGUGUAUUGCUACCUUACAUAGAAAAGAAUAAUAGUUUAAUAUUUUAUCUCACUGGUUAUACAUAUGACAUCGAUUCUGACAAUGUUAAACUCAUAACGGGUGUGUAUUUAAAUUAUACGCAGGAUAAUGUCCUAGCUCUUGAUUAUCGAAAUAUCACGCAUGCGAAUUAUUUAAUUGCUGCACAUGCGAUUAAUGAUCUUGGCAAACUUGUUGCUGAUGCUUUAAAUACAUUAGUAAAUGAUGGUGUAAAUUCGGAAAAGAUACAUGUAAUUGGACACUCGCUAGGUGCACAACUUGCAGCAAGAAUUGCUCGCAAUGUGAACUUUAUAAUACCUAGAAUAACAGGUUUAGAUCCUGCUGGUCCUUUGUUUUAUUUUCCGGAUUCUCAUUUGAUAUCUUCUGAUGCUAAGUUUGUAGAUAUUAUACACACUGAUAUGGGUAUCUAUGGUUUAGCAUUGAAAACUGGUAAUGUGGAUUUCUUUCCUAAUUAUGGCCAUAGACCGCAAUCCGGCUGUGCGGUAAUCGCUCCAUUUCUGUCACAAAAAGAUCUUUGCACUCAUAAUAGAUCUUUCGAAUUUUAUGCGGAAUCGGUUAAAAACCAUACCUCUUUAAUUGCAAAAUGUUAUUCUUUAAAUGAAUGCGGCGGCGUUGAAUAUAUUCCAAUGGGAUAUGCUACACCCAGUAAUGCGACUGGUAAUUAUUAUCUCCUAACAAAUGCAGAGAGUCCUUUCGGCCGAGGUUUAGCAGGAGCAACUUUUAAUUCACAUGUAAUUAUACCUAUAGCAUAA